CGGGGGGUUAGGGAGGGUGGUGGUGGUGGGUAUUUUAGUGGGCCGUCUGGUGCGGUGCUUGAGAUGAGGAAUCAGAUGAAGGGCGGUAUUGAGUGGAUUUACAAUGCGGUUGGUGUUGUGAAUGGGACGGAGGGGGAUGAGGUUAUUGUUGUGGGGAAUCAUCAUGAUGCGUGGAUGGUUGGCGGUGCUGCGGAUCCGCAUUCUGGUUCAGCGAUUUUGAUUGAGUUGGCGAGGGCUAUUGGCAAGCUCUUGGAGACUGGGUGGAGGCCCAAACGGACGAUUGUUCUUUGUAGUUGGGAUGCGGAGGAGUAUGGGUUGGUGGGAAGCACUGAAUGGGUUGAGGAAUACACUCCCUGGCUUAAAUCAUCUACUGUGUCCUACUUAAACUUCGACGUUGGAGUCUCUGGCACCAUCCCCGACUUCAGUGCUUCUCCCGACCUUCACUCCCUUAUCACUUCGACUGCACAGAAGGUCAUAUGGCCCCAUGGCGAGAACCGUACAAUAUACGAUAUUUGGGAAGAAAAUUCUGGCGAAAUUGAUCUUCUAGGUGCACAAAGCGACUACGCAGCAUUUGUACACCGCGGUGGGAUUUCUUCCAUGGAUAUUGGUACUACGCGAGCGCCCCUGGAUCCAAUCUAUCACACACACUCCAACUUCGAUAGCUAUCACUGGAUGGCUAAGUUUGCUGAUCCAGGAUUUGUAAAGCACAAGGCGAUUGGACAGUUCCUGACCUUGAUGCUGUUCCACUUAGUAAACGACGAUGUUGUGCCGCUUGAGCCAGCCAACUAUGAUGUAGAGAUGAAGGCGUGGCUUGUGGAUCUCCGCAAGCUUGUUUCAUCUGCGAAUGCAACGGCUACAGUUAAAGUCGAGCAGCUUGAAGAUGCUGUUGCGGUAUUCGAAGAAGCAGCACAGCUAUUCAAUGCCACCUGUAAGAUGGCUGUAGUCUCAAACAAUGUACGUCUAAUCAAGGAACUGAACCGCAAAGCCCGAGAUCUUGGACGAGAGUUCAUCAAGCAAGGCGGACUUCCCGGAAGGCCAUUCUAUCAACAUCUUCUAUUUGCACCAGGAAUAGAUACAGGAUACAGGCCCGUUACUUUUCCUGGAAUUACGGAAGCCGUUUCUGUGGGUAACUUCACUCUAGCAAACGAAUACUUGGGAAGGACCGUGAAGGCUGUGCUGGCAGCAGCAAAUAUACUG